CGCGCCGCCGCCAUGGCCGAUGUGGAAGACGCUGAGGAGCCCUGUGCCCUGUCCUCUCACUCCGGGGGCGCGGGCUCCAAGUCGGGAGGCGACAAGAUGUUCUCUCUCAAGAAGUGGAACACAGUGGCCAUGUGGAGCUGGGACGUGGAGUGCGAUACAUGCGCCAUCUGCAGGGUCCAGGUGAUGGAUGCCUGUCUUAGAUGUCAAGCUGAAAACAAACAAGAGGAUUGUGUUGUGGUCUGGGGAGAAUGUAAUCAUUCCUUCCACAACUGCUGCAUGUCCCUGUGGGUGAAACAGAACAAUCGCUGCCCUCUCUGCCAGCAAGACUGGGUGGUCCAAAGAAUCGGCAAAUGAGAUUGGUGAAAGGGCCUCUUAGUGCAUUUGUCCAGAGCCCUGGUGGAUCGCCUUAUCAAGUGCCCUACAACAACCAGGAUACUCCGGAGGACUAAGUCUUCCAAUAGGAGGAGAUGGAUCUUUGGUCCUUGAGUACUCAUCCAAGGCAUUGGGUUAGCAUUUUGUCAGUUUCAUUUUCAGAAAUUCUCUACAAUUAAGAAGAUAAUUUAUUAAAGAUGGUCUUUCCUA